AUGUCCGUAAGAUUCUUCCUCUCGAUCCCUGAUGCAACACUUGUCAAGGAUCCCUACGAAGAAGUCUUUUCGCUCUUCACUACCGAAACCACAGACACGCCAUGGGCACACAACAGGUCUGUCUCUCAACAGUCCACUCGACUUGAAGUAGAACUCGAUUUCACACCUGCCCCCUCACCCACGGUCAGUCAGCCAGGGUCUCGACCCGGUUCGCGUGGUGCAGGGUCUUAUUUUCAGUCGUUAGGCGUUGUUGAGCCGGGGACUCUUGCAGGAUCAGGAUCUACAGGAGAAGAGUCACCGUCGAUGGGGUCGAGAGAGACGUUCUCGUCGUCGCCUGGUCCGUUGUCUGUCGAGGAGAUUGGAGGUAACAGCAGCAGUCUCGUACUGGCACAGACCAACGGAAGAGAGAACAGUCUGUCAAAAGUAAGGAGUCCAGCGGCAAGAGCAAUCCUCAACAGUCGCAAGUCGAGCCGGGGAGGCGCAGGAGGAUCCUCGUCACCCAGAUCUGCAACCCCUCAACCCACAAAGAAACCUGUCGUCAUCCACCAGUCCCUUUCGACACUCUCCCAGCCAGGACAGACAGGAACCGUCGUCUGGGAUUCGAGUAUCUUGAUGUCCAAGUUUCUGUUGUCGAUCAAGAGUCUUUCGACGCGUUGUUAUCGGACUGAGGAAGGGAGGCGGCUGCGGAAAGAGCUGAGGGAGAACAGGAGACGGAGGGAGAGAGAGAGGCGAGAGAGGGAGCAGGUCAGGAUGUUGGAGGAGAGGGCGGAUCGGUUAGCUAUUACUGCGAAUGGGGAGUUGGUUGAUUCGGAGGAUGAUGGGCCUAUUGCCGGGGACCCUCAUGAUAUCGAUGAUGAAGAUAUGAGUGAUGAUGAGGAUGGCGAUUUGGAUUUUGACGAUGAGGAUGGCGAGGAUGGCAAUGCGGAGGAGAAGGAGGAGGACAAGCCUGUGUUCAAUCCUGCAGAGACGACAAUCCUCGAACUUGGGUCUGGAUGCGGACUGCUCGGGAUUGUGAUGGCGGAACUGUGCCAGGACCUGCUGUUGACGGAUCAAAAGCCUGUGCUGCCGCUGUUAGUCAAGAAUCUGCGCAAGAACCUGGACAAGAAGUAUUUUGAUCAGGACGUUUUGAAUGGGAGCAACAGCAGCAAUGGUACAACCACGUCGAGGAAAAAGGAUCGCUUGUCUGCAGCCACAGCGGCAACAACACCAGGAACGACGGAUGUCCGGCCGUGUCAUAUUCAAGUCCAGGAGCUCGUCUGGGGUCAAGACCUGGACCAGGACUUGAAGCGCGGACUGGGCGUUGAUUUCGUGGUGGCGACUGAUGUGGUCUACAACGAGUCGAUUGUCCCCAAACUGGUGCAAACUCUUCAAGAAUUGUGUGAGAUCCGGGAGGGUGUCCGAGAAGAGAUCCGACAGGGCCAGGGCGAGCACUUUGACCAACUGCAGGAACAGGCUUUAGCAAGGCCAGGACAGAGAAUGAGGAAAAUGGAGAGAACGGUGGUUCUGUUGGCUCAAGAGCUGAGAACUGAUUAUGUCCAUCUGGCGUUUUUGGAGGGGUUGGAGCAAGCUGGGUUCCGGAUGGUACGGAUCCCUCGCGAAAUGAUGGACAAUGAUUACCAGAGCGGGUAUGUCAUCUACGCCUUCUUCCUGCGUGGAUUGUAA